AGAAAGCCAAUGUUGUUCAGUAUGCUCUUCAUGAAGGCAAUCUUAGGGCUGCUGUCAAGUUUGAUUUAGAUAAGACUCAAGUUGGUUAUUGGGUAACGAAGUUAAAGAGUAAACUUGAUGAGGUUGAUUAUAGCAAAUCCUGUCAUCUUGAAGGUAGUAGUAGAAAAAGUUUUUUUCCUGACGAAGAG